AUGGAUUCUAAGUAUUCAAAAUACCCUUCGUUUAGCGACCUGCCUCUACAGCAGAAUGGUCCGCACGGCAAUUCUUGGGGGCUGUGGGGUCCUAAUGACCAGAUCGGAACUUUGAAUCAUCUCAGUGAGGACGUUGUUGCAAAGGCCGCAAAGCAGGAAAUCAAAUCUGGGAAGCGAGUCUGUCUAAAUUGGACUUUGACUGGCUCUUCCUAUCCAACAUUAGGUCGCAAAACUCUUGAGAUCAAGUUGAAUAAUAAAGCCCCGCUCAAGAUCGCACAUGACGACGAGUGGACCUUCAACUCUCAAUGCAGCUCCCAGUGGGAUGGAUUUAGACAUUAUGCUUAUCAAGAGGAAGAACUCUAUUACAUGGGCCGGAAAGCUGCGGAGUUCGCAGAAUCUCCAGUUCCCAAUGGCAUCCAACAUAUUGCAGAGAAAGGCAUUGCUGGACGCGGCAUUCUGGUAGAUUGGUACAAAUGGUCCCAAGAGAAUGGCCAUACUGUCGAUGCCAUGACUGCUCACCCGGUAUCAUUCAAUGAACUACUCAAGGUACUAGAAAGCCAAGGGAUUUCUGAAAAUGAAAUUCUUCCUGGCGAUGUAAUCCUCAUCCGCUUUGGCUAUAUUAGCCAGUAUGAAGAAAUGGGCGAUGAAGAACGGGCUCGUCUGGACCAACUCUACCGGAAACAAAAACCGGAAAACAUCGGGAUUGAGCCCUCGAAGGAGCUAUUGGCAUUUCUAUGGGAUAACAAAAUUUCUGCGGUUGCAGGAGAUACGCGAUCCUUUGAAGUUUGGCCCUGUUCGCAGACAGAAUGGCAUCUGCAUGAGUGGUUGCUGGCUGGUUGGGGAAUGCCAAUUGGCGAAUUGUUCGAUCUGGAGAAGUUAAGCAAAGCUUGCGAAGAAGCCAACACGUAUACCUUCUUCUUUACAAGCUCUCCCAUGAAUGCACCUGGGGCGGUUGCAAGCCCACCGAAUGCAUUUGCGUUCUUCUAA